CCCUGCCUCCUCCUGCCUGGGGCUCUUAUCUAGCUGCUGCCAGAGCUGACCUCCUCCAGGGCUGGAAUCCUGUGUUUUCGGCGUGCCCAGAGCCCCGGUGGCCGGCCGCGAUGUCAGCCAACGCCUCGCUGAAGCCGCUCUGCCCCAUCCUGGAGCAGAUGAGCCGCCUGCAGAGCCACAGCAACUCCAGCAUCCGCUACAUCGACCACGUGGCGGUGCUGCUGCACGGGCUGGCCGGGCUGCUGGGCAUGGUGGAGAACGGCCUCAUCCUCUUCGUGGUGGGCUGCCGCAUGCGCCAGACCGUGGUCACCACCUGGGUGCUGCACCUGGCGCUGUCGGACCUGCUGGCCGCUGCCUCCCUGCCCUUCUUCACCUACUUCCUGGCCGUGGGCCACUCGUGGGAGCUGGGCACCACCUUCUGCAAGCUGCACUCCUCCAUCUUCUUCCUCAACAUGUUCGCCAGCGGCUUCCUGCUCAGCGCCAUCAGCCUGGACCGCUGUCUGCAGGUGGUGCGGCCGGUGUGGGCGCAGAAUCACCGCACGGUGGCCGCGGCCCACAAGGUCUGCCUGGUGCUCUGGGCGCUGGCUGUGCUCAACACCGUGCCCUACUUUGUGUUCCGGGACACCAUCCCGCGGCUGGACGGGCGCAUCAUGUGCUACUACAACGUGCUGCUCCUGAACCCCGGGCCAGACCGCAACGCCACGUGCAACUCGCGCCAGGCGGCCCUGGCCGUCAGCAAGUUCCUGCUGGCCUUCCUGCUGCCGCUGGCCAUCAUCGCCUCGAGCCACGUGGCCGUGAGCCUACAGCUGCGCCUCCGCGGCAGCCGGCGCCCGGGCCGCUUCGUGCGCCUGGUGGCGGCCGUGGUGGUGGCCUUCGCGCUCUGCUGGGGGCCCUACCACGUGUUCAGCCUGCUGGAGGCGCGGGCGCACUCCAAAGCGGCCCUGGGGCCGCUCGUGUGGCGCGGGCUGCCCUUCGUCACCAGCCUGGCCUUCUUCAACAGCGUGGCCAACCCGCUGCUCUACGUGCUCACCUGCCCCGACAUGCUGCGCAAGCUGCGGCGCUCGCUGCGCACCGUGCUCGAGAGCGUGCUGGUGGACGACAGCGAGCUGGGCGGCGCGGGCAGCAGCAGCCGCCGCCGCCGCCGCGCCUCGUCCUCCUCCGUGUCGCCAGGCCGCCGCCAGGACUCGCUGCGUCCCCCGCGCCUCCUGCGCUGGCUGCGGGGCGCACACGCCGCGCCCCCGCACACGGGCCGGGCCCCAUCCCAGGACGAGAGGGGACCCCUGAGCCGGGAGCACAGCACCACCUAGGGGUAGGAGGCGCCGGUCGGGGUCCCGAAAGCACUGCGAGGGCCCCAUCAUGACAUUGUUGACGCGGACUCCACCCUGUCACUGGCCCAGGGGCAGGACCCAGGCAUCUGCAUUUUAAAGCACCGGGGUGACUCAGUGGAUCUUUUUCAGAAACAAAGCGAGUUAAGGCAGCCCUUCCCAAACUGUGAUGUGUCUGAGUCCCCAGGCAGCUCCUUAAAGUGCAGUCUGACUCGGGAUUCUGCACUUCCAACAAGCUCCCAGGCCUGGCCUCGGUGCUGCUGGAACCACGCGUGGAGUAACAAAAGGGAAAACCUUUAGACUUCUCAAAUCAGGGCACCCUGGGCCAAUCUCCCUGCAGCUCAAUUCUACCAACCAGUGGUGUACUUUAGGAGAAGAGGGAGCAGAAAGGUUUGAGGAGCCCUGUUCCAGUGUAAUUUCUCUGCUUUAGCCAUUUAACCAAUGCUUAUCGUACUAGACACUUUAUCCCACAAUCUUUAUUUUCUUUGAGACAGAGUCUCACUCUGU